AUGAAUAAAAUUAUCUUGCCAACAGCAACAUCCGGUAUAGCUGCAGCUAAUAUUCCUUCUAGAAGAACUGCACACUCACGGUUUAAGAUUCCACUAGAUCCUCUUGAAUCACUUGCCUGUAAUGUACCUAAACAAGGAAGUCUAGCAGCAUUGCUUAGAGAAACAACACUUAUCAUUUGGGAUGAAGCUUCGAUGGCAAAAAAGGAAAACAAUGAGUCACUUGAUGUGUUACUCAGAGAUAUUUGUAAUCCCAAUUUAUUAUUUGGAGGUAAAAUUGUUGUAUUUGGAGGAGAUUUCAGACAAAUUCUUCUUGUCGUUCCAAAGAGAACACAACAUGAAGCAGUUGUUGCUAGCUUGGUCAGUUCUUCUCUAUGGCCGCUGUUGAUUAAAUUUAGAUUAACAGAAAAUAGUCGAGCUAGACUUGACCCAGCAUAUGCAGCCUUUUUACUGGCACUUGGGAACGGACAGUUGCACGAUACAGAAGAUGCAUUUGUGCAGCUGCCAGCAGAAAUUGUACAACCUUAUGAUGCUGCUACACCUCAAGAUAUGCAUUUGACUUUGGUUGCAUUUCCAGAAAUGGAUAUGCCUCCAUUUAGUGCCAACAUAUUUACAACUAGAGUUAUACUCACACCAAUCAAUGAUGAUGUGGAUGUUAUAAAUGCAGUUUUGAUAGACAAAUUUCCAAGUGAAGCAGUGGCGUACAAGAGUUAUGAUUCAAUGAUCAAUGAUGAUUGUAACAUCUAUCCUACUGAAUUUCUGAAUAAGCUCUGUCCUGGUGGCAUGAGCCCUCAUGAACUCAUAUUGAAACCCAAUAGUCUUGUUAGCCUGCUACGUAACAUCUUACCAUCAUCUGGACUUUGCAAUGGAACGCGCCUAAUAUGUAAAAAAAAAAUUCCCAAAUCUCAUUGA